AUGGAUCCACCUAUCACCUUUACAAAUCUCAGCGUUAAACAGGAGAGGGUGGGGUCUCCGUGUCUGUCCAUGAAGAGUGAUUGGUCCAUGGACAGGCCCAUUAAGUUUGGAAAAGGUGCCAGUGGUAAACAGGAGAGGGUGGGGUCUCCGUGUCUGUCCAUGAAGAGUGAUUGGUCCAUGGACAGGCAUAUUAAGUUUGGAAAAGGUGCCAGUGUUAAUCAGGAGAGGGUGGGGUCACCGUGUCUGUCCAUGAAGAGUGAUUGUUCCAUGGACAGGCCCAUUAUGUUUGGAAAAGAUGCCAGUGAGCUGACAGCCAGUCUACUGACAGAGGACCACUUCAGAUGUUCAGUGUGUACAGAGGUUCUCAAAAAGCCAGUCUCCGUCCCCUGUGGACACAGUUACUGCAGACGGUGCAUUGAGACCUACUGGAACCAGCCUGACCAGACAGGAGACUACGACUGUCCCCAGUGCAGAAAGAGAUUCAGAACCCGUCCUGACCUCCUCACUAACUCAUCCUUGGAGAAGGUGAUUGAGAAACUCCACCAGGCAGGGUUCAAGGUCCCUGCUCUUCCCAAGCACUGCUACGCUGGACCUGGAGAUGUGGCCUGUGAUCUCUGCACUGAGAAACAGCUCAAAGCUGUGAAGUCCUGUCUGACCUGCACUGCCUCCUACUGUGAGAGACAUGUCAGACAACACUACACCGUAUCAGCUCUACAGAGACACACCCUGGUGGAGGUGACUGGAAACCUGGAGCAGAAACUGUGCCAACUGCACCACAGAGCUCUGGAGGUCUUCUGUAAGACAGACCAGGUUUCUGUUUGUCUGGUGUGUGCCUUGAAGGACCACAGAAACCAUGAUGUCAUAAAGAAUGAGAGAGAUACAAAAGAGACAAAAAUCACAAAUCAAGACCAACAGGCUGCAUUAAGAUCGGAAACAACAUUGUGGAGAGAUCUCCAACAAAAGAAGACGGAACUAACCAACAUAAUCCAACUGGAACAGACUUUAGAGAAAUCUACCUGGGAACUGACGUAUCAUACAAAACAUUUCUACAGAGGCUUUGGCGAUGUUCUUACCAAAGACUGGACAACAGACAGUGUUGUGGUGGCUGCCCUCGGUCGUCCCUUAGAUCUUGGGAUGUUGUAUGACUGCCGCAAUGAAUCAUUUUGUUCGGAUGUUUUUCUGUGGAACAACAACACCAUUGCUUCAAUGCAGCUGUCCCUCCCUCGGACUCACACAGAGGUGAAGUGUAUUGAAGGAGACUCCUUACAGGACAGAUUCAGGGCUCUGGAUGUGACCGCUCCUCUCAGAGCCAGUGUCCUGUCUGGACUGGUGGAGGUUGGUGGUGCUGCUGGAUACCUGAACCAUCCUGUUCAGUCCACACUGCAGGACCGGGUCACUCUACAGUACAGAACCACUACCAGACUGGACAUGCUCAGUCACAGGGUGCUUCAGGAGGAGACAGUCAGAACACAACGAAAGGCAACUCAUGUGGUCAUGGCUGUUCUCUAUGGAGCUCAAGCAUUCUUUAUCUUUGACAGCAAACACAUCAACAGACAAAUUAAUGUAAGACGAGAGAAAACCAAGAUGCUAGAUGUGAUUUAAGAAGAUGUUCAACACCUUCAAUUCAGAAGAUAUAUUCUCAAGUUUGACAGACUCCGAGAAAGUAAACAGUUUGUUGUAUCAAUGCACCGUGCACAGUGACGUAGACCCGACAACCACAAUGGAUUAUGACACAGCAGUAGAGGUGUACCAGUCCCUGCCAAAGCAUCUGGGGCAGCGAGGAGAGAAAGCAGUGCCUGUUCGUGUCUGGCUGUACCCUCUGAAGAAUCUGGACCAUGCAGCGGCUUGUGUUGAAUUUGAGAUCAGUGAAGACCUGCUCCUCAGAGCUGAGAAAGUUCUGGAACACCUGAGACGGGUCACAAUGAGGUGCCAGGACAUGAUGUCAGACCACACCAAUGCCUAUGUGAUGAAAUGGUUCCCUUAUGCUAAGGACAAACUGACACAGUUUUCACAGUUACUGUCAGAGUAUCAGGUGGAGUUUCAGAAAAUACUGGCCAAAGCCACAGAGUUCAUUAGAGAAAAUGGUGAAUCAGGUUUGUUGUGGUUCAGAGCGAUUCUGAAGAAACACGAUCAGUCACCGUUCACUCCUCAGGCUUUAGACCAUUGGCUUCACAAUAAGGAAGCUGAGGUGAAUGCUGUUAACAUCUGCAAAACCAAGAACCUCCCCAUAGUGAAAUCUGAGAAGGAGCUGGAGACAGUCCUUCUAGAUUCACAGACAGACAGGGUACUGUGUUUCACUCUGACUUCCCUGGAGGAUGAAGAUCCAUUCCUCUCCACCAUGAAGCAGCACAAACACUCUGUUCCAAUGAACACCGUGAACCAAUCUGAUCUCACUGGACAGCAGCACAAACACUAUGUUCCAAUGAACACCGUGAACCAAUCUGAUCUCACUGGACAGCAGCACAAACACUCUGUUCCAAUGAACACCGUGAACCAAUCUGAUCUCACUGGACAGCAGCACAAACACUAUGUUCCAAUGAACACCGUGAACCAAUCUGAUCUCACUGGACAGCAGCACAAACACUAUGUUCCAAUGAACACCGUGAACCAAUCUGAUCUCACUCACCAGAUAUCCGUGUUCCUGGAUCCUCCAUUCGUCUAUAUCAACAAGGCAGUCUCAUCACUACUAACUUCCAGCUGGGAUUAAAACCUGAUCCAGUCCAGGUAGCAGAGAUAAAACAGAGCUGUGUCCUCCUGCAGUUUCCACAGUCAACCAUCAGAAGACCUGAGAGGUACAGAGUAGAGUACAGAGUCAUGACUACUGGUGUUAGUACGGUUAGCAAACGGCCAUGGAAUGUAGUAGACACCCUGGCUCCUGCAGAAACCUGUCUGGUGCCAGGUCUGAAACCGUUCACACUGUACCAGAUCAGGUACUCUGUUAUAGAACACUCUGGUAUGAGUGACUUUAGCAAGGUCAUUGAGGUCAAGACCCUGAGAUCCCCACCUGAACAGCUGUAUGUGAAUUGUCUAGACAAGGAAACCAUCAAAGGGACUUGGUUCCAGCCAGAGUCUGAAGAUGGUGCCUCUGUACUCCACUACAAAGUAGACUAUAAAGAGACAGGACUGGAGGGCUGGUCUACCAUGGUAACAGAGGGACCUGAAUGUUACUGUGAUGUAACUCUGAACCUCAGUACCUGCUACAGAGUCAGAGUGUCAGCUGUCUAUGGAGAAGGAGACACCAGUGAAACCAGCAGAGAGACAGAUGUCCCAGUCAAUGUCUGGUCCAUAGACCUCUCAGAGAGAAAGGCCUCCCUCCUCCUAGAAGUGCUGAAACUCCAACCAGAGAAGAAACCAGUAGAGCUGAAGGGCUGGUCAGAUGAAGAGAGUGAAGUGAGGAGUUUCCUUCAGUGUCUGUCCUACAUCUCACAGCUGAGUUUCCAUCCAUGGAGGUCUGAUCCCUCAAAGCAGAUCAAGUUCCUGGUGGAUCUCCUGUCUCAAGCAGCAGAGUGGGAGGAGCAGACAGGAGAGAAGACACUGAAGCUGGUAUCAUCAGUGUGGACUUACAGCACCUUUCCUUAUCGCCAUGGAGACACUUAUAAACAGAGUGAUUUCAGGCAGGAGUGUCCUUCCAGCAUUACAGGCAGUUUACCAGUCAGCCAGUCCUGCAGUCUGGUCCAUAGACCUCUCAGAGAGAAAGGCCUCCCUCCUCCUAGAAGUGCUGAAACUCCAACCAGAGAAGAAACCAGUAGAGCUGAAGGGCUGGUCAGAUGAAGAGAGUGAAGUGAGGAGUUUCCUUCAGUGUCUGUCCCACAUCUCACAGCUGAGCUGUGAAGAUGAAAGGUUCUUCCAGACUGUGUGUGAGUCCAUCCCUGUGAGGUCCAGAGAGGAGGACCAGCAGUUGGCCUCUCUCCUCCA